AUGGAGGAUCAUAAAUCUGAUAGAAGGAGAGAAACCUAUGCGACACUUGAUAACGCAGAAUAUAUAAUAGUUAUUCCAUCCCUAUCAUUCCCUACAAACGAGCUUACAAAAUUUAAAGGAAUACACAAUUAUGAAGAAAGGCUUUUUUAUUAUUUCUCAUACUUAACCAAUCCCAAUAUCAAAAUCGUUUAUGCCACAAGUUUACCUUUAGAAAAAUCAACAAUCCUUUAUUACAUUCAGCUCCUUACUCGAAAUUCAAGCUUUACCCCAAAAGAAUUAAAAAAACGCGUUUUAUUUUUAAGCUGUGACGAUACAAGUUCAUCAUGUCUAGUAGAAAAGCUAUAUAGGCAUCCAAUUUUGAUAGAAAAAAUCAAGCAGUUUAUUAAUCCUUCCAAAUCGUUGAUGGUUACCUAUAUUGGUACAAACCUAGAAUAUGAGCUUGCCAAUGAAUUAAAUGUCCAGCUGUUUGCUAAUGACUAUCAUUAUUCUUAUUUUGCUACCAGAGCAGGCAAUAAAGAAAUAUUCGCAGAAGCAGAAAUCCCACAUCCAAAAAGCAGUGGGGUUAUUAAAAGUGUAGAAGGCUUAAUAGAAGCUUUAUCCACCCUCUAUAUUGAAAAUAAUUCAGAAAUUACUAAAUUUGUCAUGUUUAUGUUUAUUGAAUUUCUCUAGCACAACUGUGCCUAUAAGUCUUCUUUUACUUGAGAUCCAUCUACGAUACAGCUCCGAACAAAGGUAGGUAGACCGGCCUAACCGUCGAACCGUUAAAGUUACCAAGCCCUUUCAGGCUUCUCUAGUCUGUGCCAGCCUCAGCACAGACCUCCUCUCUUCAAGCCGAGACUCUCAAGAAGCUUGGACUUUUCUCAUUAAAUUAGGAUUGUAUAGCCCCUGAAAUAUUUUAGAACAUUAUUGGCCAUCCAUUUUAAUAUAUUCAGAACUAAUUUGUACUUGUCAGCUUUUUUGAAAGUAAAAACGAAAAUGAUAAGUCUCCGUUUAUGGUUUUAAGGCAGCUAAUCAGGCUUAUACUGUAUAAGGCAGGUGCCCUGUACCAUAUUUUUUCUGGUCGGUAUUCUGCUGGGGUAUAGAGAUCUAUUAAGGUGUGAGCUAUAGGGCUAGCCUGAUGAGCAGGACUAGAUCCUACCCCUAACUGCCAUUUUAAAUAUUGUGAAAUUUGUCAUAAAGCAGAAUAAUGGACUUGGAGGAAUUGGGACUUGUCUUUUGCAUACAAAGUAUUUCGAUAGGACAAAUUUGCAUGAAUCUAUUAGAGAUGCAUUAGAAAAUAAAAUAGAAUUCCAGUUUGCAAAUGAAAAUUGAGAAUCUUAUCAGCAGAAGAUCCAGAAUUUUGGAGUUAUGGUGGAAAUAUGAAUUGAUGAUGCUUUUUCUUCACCAUCGUGCCAAGGGAUUAUUUAUCAAAAUGGGGAUGUUGAAAUCUUGUCGACUCAUGAACAAAUUUUGCAUGGGUUAAUCUAUAGUUUGAGAGGGCUUGGAAUAUUCGCAAUCUAUAGGUAAUGGACAAUUUUUAUAGAAAAUAGAUAUAAUGAAUAGAAAAUAAUUGAAAAAUUAUGUAAGAGAGAAUAUGUGGGAUGUGAAUUUCCAGCAAAAAAUGAAUAUCGGCAAGAAAUAAUGAACCAAACUGCCAAAAUAGGAAAUAUUUUGUCAAGAAAAGGGUGUAGAGAAAGAUUUGGGGUUGAUUUUGUUGUGAAAAAAGAAAAUGAUUCUUUAAAUAUUUAUGCAAUAGAAAUUAAUAUAAGGUGGACUGGGACCUCGCAUCCCUUCUUGACAGCAAAGAGGCUGAUCAAUUCUGAAAUCACUGAAGAUGGCUUAUUGAAAAGUAAAGAAGGAAAAUUUAAAUAUUAUUUUGCAAACGAUUGCGUGAUAAAUGAAAUCUAUGCAGGACUUACGCCUAGAUUUUUCAUUGAAUUUAUCAAUUCUAACGUAGAGCUUCAAUUCGACUCAGAUAGAAUGAUUGGAAUAGUUAUCUAUAACUUUUCUUUUACGGCAGAAUUUGGAAGAUUUGGUGUGCUCGCCAUAUCAGAUUCUAUUGAUGAGGCAAAAGUUCUUUAUUUCAAAUCUUUACAAAUAAUUGAAGCAUUUGCGAAUGAAAUUCAUAAUAAGAAGAGAAAUAUAGCAUUAGAAUAA